CGCUCUUCGGUACUUUUCCGGGUUGCCUUUUCUACUCCUAGGAACUUUGUGCUCUGGUCAGACCAGAUGGCUUUGCGCUGAGACGUAAAACCGACCCAACACCCCUGGUUCCUGGUGGACUUGGUCAGUUGGGAUUCUUUGAUCAUACAGCUCACGCGCACUACAUAACCCAUAUCGAUAAUUUCGUAUGAGGGAUUGUAUCAUUUUGUAGGUUGAGCUGAACGCUGCCUGCGCAACAAGAUCUGCUUUGGCACAAUGACGGCCACGGGGAACUCGACUACCUUGUGCCCAGCUCCUUUUAUUGCAGAGCUGUCGAUUGAGGAUGGGGACGGAUAUAUCCUUGGUCGUUGGUGUGAGGAUCUUGUCGUAGGAAACGAGACUGUGUCUUGCUGUUUCCCGUGUCCAAUUACCGACUGGGUAUACUCUGAUGACUUUACCACAGACAUGGUACCCUGGAUCGGACUCUGCGUCCUCAUCCUCAUCGUGAUCCCGAUCUUGACAUAUUUUGUUCUCCCCAGCAGAACAACCCAGCGGCAUUAUCUGAAAACCUCUCCAUUGAUGGGGUUUGUUUUUAUGUCGGUUGCCUUUGUUGUUCCGCUGGGCACCACUGCUCGACAUUGCCACGAUAGCAUCACGCCCAACAACUGGCUAUCAAACACCAGCUGUGCCGUUUCUGGAUCACUACUACUUUAUGGGGCUUGGGUUCUCAUCAUCGGCUGCUUUUUCCGGUCCAUCUCCCUGUACGUUCAGCUCUGCUGGGAUAUAGAACCUGGAAAGACAUUCCGAAUCGUUGCUCUCGGUUGUAUCUUCGUCGGGUCUCUUGUUAUGCUUGGCAUAGCACUUGGCUUAUCCGGCGUUUCGUAUCAAGUCGGCGAUGUAUGUUAUAUCAGCUAUCCUCGCAGCAUCGGGUCAUUCUGGACCCCCUUAUUCGCCGUAGCCUUUGUCUCCUUCAUGAUUCAACUGUACAUCAUGGGAUACUGUGUGUGCGGAGUAUUGACAACGGGAAUCACGGCAGGGCUCUCUAUCUUCAAACGGUCCGAAAGCCCGGAUGGGAUGAUUUCCAGAGCAGAGGCAGCGCGAGAAACAUCUUCGCGCAUCUGGCGCAUCUUGAACCUUCAAUGGAGAGCUAUCGCUAUCGCCUGCCUGAUACUCUCCUUUGUAGUCUUUCUGGGCCAAGCAGUGUUGCGAUUUCGCAGUCCCGCAGAGUACUCUGUUCAAGACCUGGCGCCUUGGGUCCACUGUUUGAUACGGGCAAAUGGAGACGCGAGUGCGUGUCUCGGCUAUACGAAUUGGAUCGGAUCAAACGAAACUACUUCUAUGAUCGCAUUAUGUCUCCUUGCUUCCGGGGGUCUCUUCGGCAUGGCGUGUGCAGUACGAUGGCCCAUGAUACUGGCAUGUUUUGACUUGGCGAAGGAAAAGAAAGAUUUGCUGCUUCAUACUUGGCGUGAGCGACAGAGCAGGGAACGUCCACCAGAUCUCGAGCGCAUAUCAAGCCAUAAUCAUUCGCUCGGUGGCGUCUCCUCUCCGACUACUCUCAGCAAGAUCGAUCGCAUGUCCGCGCUGAGUGUUUAGUGGGCAGGUAUCGGAACGCAAUAGAGCUAAACAAGGCCAUCCAAAG